GACUGUACACUUCAAAUAUUGCACUAGCGUCUCUCCUGUUUACGCAUACUCCAAAAAAGAUCACUACUGUUGUUGGACUAAAGGAUCUGAACAAAUAUACUAUACUCUUCUGAGCUCUUCUGGCUCACGGACACCACUAGCAGCCAUGGGUGUUUUAGGUCCCCAGUGUUUUCCAGUUAGAUGGUGGCAUUCUUCAUGUCCCCUUCGAGAUGACUCCAUAGUUGAAAAGUCAUUGAAGUCCUUAAAGGACAAAAACAAGAAGUUGGAAGAAGGAGGUCCUGUAUAUAGUCCAACAGAAGUGGAAGUUGUGAAAAAAUCUAUUGGACAGAGGAUUGUGGAUGAACUGAAACACUAUUACCAUGGUUUUCGAUUACUGUGGAUUGACACAAAGAUAGCUGCAAGGAUGCUCUGGCGAAUACUUCAUGGAAACACUUUGUCUCGUCGAGAACGGAGACAGUUUCUUCGAAUAUGUGCCGAUCUUUUCCGCUUGGUCCCUUUCCUAGUUUUUCUUGUUGUCCCAUUUAUGGAAUUUUUGCUUCCAGUAGCUCUUAAGUUGUUCCCUAAUAUGCUUCCCUCUACAUUUGAGACAAAGUCUAAAAAGGAGGAAAGACUGAAGAAAGAAUUGAGAGUAAAGCUUGAAUUGGCUAAAUUCCUUCAAGACACAAUUGAGGAGAUGGCCUUAAAAAAUAAAGCUGCGAAAGGAAAUGUUACAAAAGAUUUUUCAACCUUCUUUCAAAAGAUCAGGGAAACUGGCGAAAGACCCAGUAAUGAGGAGAUCUUAAGGUUCUCUAAACUGUUUGAAGAUGAGUUGACUCUGGACAAUCUAACCAGGCCUCAGUUGGUGGCACUUUGUAAAUUGUUGGAACUUCAGUCAAUUGGGACAAAUAACUUUCUCCGCUUCCAGCUGACUAUGAGGUUGAGAAGCAUAAAAGCAGAUGACAAACUGAUUGCUGAAGAAGGAGUUGAUAGCCUGACUGUUAAAGAACUGCAGGCAGCUUGUCGUGCCCGAGGUAUGAGAGCUCUUGGUGUGACAGAGGAGCGUCUCAAGGAACAGCUUAAACAGUGGUUAGAUCUGCACCUGAACCAGGAAAUCCCUACUUCGUUGCUGAUUUUAUCCAGAGCCAUGUAUCUUCCAGAUACCCUUUCUCCAGCUGAUCAGCUCAAAACAACGCUUCAGACACUGCCAGAGAGUGUGGCCAAAGAGGCUCAAGUCAAAGUGGCAGAAGUUGAAGGUGAAAAAGUAGAUAACAAAGCGCGGCUGGAAGCAACACUUCAGGAAGAGGAAGCCAUCAGAAAAGAAAAUGAAGAAAAAGAGAUGGAAAGAUUGUCUGAAGCUGCAGAGAAAGCCAAAGAAACCAUUCAGGUUGCAGCCACAAAAGAGGUGGCGUCAGCAGUAGAUCUUGAAGCAGCUGCUCUGCACGUUAAAAAAACUCAGGUGGCUAUGGCUACUGAACAAGAACUGGCAAGGGCAGAUGUGGUGAUGCACUCGGAGACACUGAAAGAUACAGCACCAGUAUUGGAAGGCAUCAAGGGUGAGGAAAUCACUAAGGAGGAGAUUGACAUGCUGAGUGAUGCUUGCACCAAGCUGCAGGAACAGAAAAAAUCACUGACAAAGGAAAAGGAGGAACUGGAGGAAUUGAAGGGUGAUAUCCAGGAGUAUAAUGAGGAUUUGCAAGAGAUAAAAGAGCUCUCUAAAACUGGCCAGGAAGAGGCGGUGGAAGAGUCAAAGGCAAGCAAGCGGUUGACCAAGAGGGUGAACCGAAUGAUUGGGCAGAUAGACAAAAUUAUUAAUGAAUUAGAGACGAGUCAGAAGACAGUGGAUGUAAAGCUCGACAGUGGUGAUAGUCCUCCUGCUGGGGAGAAUCUGAUCAGUAUUGCUGAGCUAAUUAAUGCGAUGAAACAAAUUCAGAAGAUUCCAGAGGAGAAGCUAACUAGGAUUGCAGAGGCACUAGAUGAAAACAAGGAUGGCAAAAUUGAUAUAGAUAAUGUUGUUAAGGUAGUAGAAUUGAUUGACAAAGAAGAUGUUGAUAUUGGUACUAGUCAGGUUGCUGAGAUUAUGGCACUCCUUCAAAAAGAAGAAAAACUGGAAGAAAAAGAGAAAGCAAAGGAAAAGCAUGAUAAAGAAGCUGCGGAGGUGAAGAAUUAAGCUUCAGAAUCUGAAGUUAAUCCCAAUUGUAACCAAAACCUUGUAUAUCUUUCUGUGUCUAAUGGCUACAUAUUACGUGAGCUUUGUGAUUAUGGGAAGUGUUUUGAGCUGAUUCUAGUAAUAAAUCAUAGAUACGUUUUCUGA